UAACAUUCUAAAAUGGAGGAAGCUGGCUUGAUUACGCGCAUGUUGUGACAAUUUCCUAGCAAAAAUCGUUUUGCAUAUAUUUGUAUACAGUCGUGAAACAAACAAGACGACGGUUGUGUGUCUUAAACCUGUUGUGUUUUCAGGAAGUUAACGAGGAGUGUAUGCUAUCGGUGCUAGGCUGAGAGCUAGCUCGAGAACAAAAUUACAGUGGUUAUGGAGGUGGAGAUGGAGACCAAAAUGCAGGAGUCUAAUGAGAGCGUAAAAAAAAAGACAAAGACGGAACCUGAUGAAGAAAGAUAUGAUAACGAAAGCAUGUCUGACUCUCCAUGUGAGUCUGUUCCCUCCACAAGUGAAAGUCCCAACAAGGAGACACAAUUGAAGGACAGUUGUGACCCUCUCAGUUUAAUAAAAAACGCUGUGGUGGUCUUGACUCGACUCCCUGACUAUAAGAUCAGCGCUCUGCGACCACCGACGCCACAGCAGUUCUACAGUGAAGACGACUCCUACAGUAGCUCUGACUCUGAUAUGGUGUGGGAACAAGACGAUGAUUCUAGUGAUUCUGAUUUCUCACUCUCAAACAACAAACGGAAAACUCAAAAAAAGAACUCCAGCAGAAACGGCAACAACAAUGAACAAGCCCCUAUAAUAGUAUCAUCGGCUUUUGCGCAUUGCUCCACUGAAACCACCAAGGUCCGUCCUAACUUGCCAGAAAAAGAGGUCGCAGUGGGCAUGAUGAUCCUGGCCAAGAGGAAGACGAUGAAAUGGCAACGGGGAAAAAUAGUGGACAUCGUAACAAAGGAAGAUGGGCGGUUGAAGUACAAAGUUUGUUUUGAAGAGAAGGGGAGAAGCCUGGUCUCCGGCCACCACAUUGCCUUUGACACCACACCGGAUCGGGAGCAGCUGUAUGUCGGGGCCCGUGUGGUGGUCCGGUUUCCAGAUCACAAGUUCCGGCCCGGAGUUUUGUCGGAGCUCCCCAGCAGAAAGAACCGCCUGAGGUUCUUGGUUUUCAUAGAUGAUCACACGCCGCUCUAUCUUGGUUUACCUUCAUUUCACCUGGUGUGCAGACCAUUGGAUGAUAUUUUAGAGGACAUUCCCGACGACACUCACAAGGCCUUCAUGGCGCGGUACCUGAGGGACUGGCCGUACCCACAUUUAACGCAGUACAAGGCUGGACAGAUGCUCAAUGUGCAGUUAAAUGGAGUCUAUCAGAGGAGUGAGGUGCAGGCGGUCGACUGCAGCGUGAUGCAGGUCCUAUUUCAGGAUACUCAAGUAAGGGAGUGGAUCCAUCGAGGCUCCAUCCGACUUCAACACAUGGCUAGAUUUUUGGACAUAAGUACAGUGGAAGAGCAAGAUUAUGAUUCUGAUUAAAAACCCAAAGACACAGGAAUAAUUAUAAUGUGGAUCGGACGAGCCCCCCAUUAGUUACAAGCUGGCUCCUUCUUGCAACAAAAGUUAAGGUCACAAAUAACAAAAUGGAAACUGAGGAGGGCUGGUGUGGUGCACGGGGCAGCGAGAGAGCAGGGGACUGAUCUGCAGCGCUCUUUACCAGGCUGGAGCCACAGGGGGGCCUCGUCUCUCCUGAUUACAGGACCCGACAUCGUCUCCAGGUUCUCUGCAAGAAAAAACUCAAACACAGCACCAUACAAUGGACAACCACAGGGUUGUCACAAGCCCAAAAGAAGAAUUGCUAUUAUGAAACGCUGGUAUAUUCUACUCACGCCUGGCAACUAUUCUUUUUUAAAACUAAAAUAAGUACAAAAACUGAAUAAUAGUAAAUUUCAUUUUGUCCAGAAUUGUUGCAACUUUUGUGUACUGAAUGUACUAUUUUGGAGUACAUUUUGCAAAGACAGUAAAUGGUGCACUUUAUGCUGAGUUUUUGUUAAUUCAUUUAUUUGUAUUGAAAAGUUGAGAUGUUGGCAGGUGUUGAUAAAUUCCAGCGAAACAGGGAAUAACAUUGUUAUGAUUUCUUUUUUUAUUUAGCGACUGCAACAACAGUAAUUCCUACGAGUCAAAAUGUACAUAAACUUCUUUCAAAUGUGUUCAACUGAUUAAUGUUUACAUUUAAAGAUAAGCAUAAACACUUUUUGUCCCGUUAUUUUAUAUUUUAUGGGUGAAGGUGCACUCUGAACAGAUGAGUUUGAGGCUAUGAUGAAAGACUUUCUGAUGUCAAUAUGGAGUUUGUUACAUUGUUGUUGAACCUAAACAUCCAGCAGAUUUUUAGAGAACCCUAGAACAGUCAGUGACUCUUUAUUCUUUGUUUUGCUCAUGUAGGGCUUUCAUUUUCUCAACAUUUUAGAAGUUGCAUAUGUUUUUUGCUUUCUUUUGUUUUAUUUAAAAAUGUUAGGUUGAAAAUAUGUACAUUGUAUACUUAACUCUGCUUCCAAUUCAGAGAUGAAUAAAAAAUGAUCUUCCACUUUG